AUGGGACUUCUCUUCUCUGAAACAUUUAAGAAAUGGUUCGGCAACCGUGAAACCCGUGUUCUCAUGCUCGGUCUCGAUGCUGCCGGCAAGACAACAGUUCUUUACAAGCUUAAGCUUGGCGAACACGUCACAACAAUCCCAACAAUCGGUUUCAAUGUCGAAACAAUCGAAUACAAGGGAUUCAACAUGAACGUUUGGGAUGUUGGUGGCCAGGAUCGUAUCCGUGCUCUCUGGCGCCACUAUUUCCACAAUACACAAGGUCUCAUCUUCGUCGUCGACUCUAACGAUGUUGGCCGUAUUGAUGAGGCUCGCGACGAACUCCACAAGCUUCUCGAAGAAGAUGAACUUCGUGACGCUAUCCUUCUCGUAUAUGCUAACAAGCAGGAUCUUCCAAACGCUGUUAAGCCACAAGAACUCGGAAACAGACUCCGCCUUAAUACUAUUACAAACCGCCCAUGGCAGGUUCAGGGCUGCUGCGCCACAACAGGUGAUGGCCUCUAUGAAGGUCUCGACUGGCUCGGCGAUCAGAUUAACCAGCACUUCUAA